UACUGGAUGGGAUGGAUAACGGUUAGUCAGGAUAAAAUUUAUAGUGUAAAAUUUAUAAUUUAAGUGUGAAAAAAUGAGAGCUUGUUAUUUUAAUGGACAGUAACAUUAACUGGAUUAAUGCAUGUGAGAAGUGAUAACAUUAUGUUGAUAUAAAAAUGACAUCUUUUGGAUUCUUUACACCGAUAAGUACAAUAUAAGAAGGUAGACUACACCUUCUACUUCUGAAACACUAAUGGAAGGAGAGCGGGAUAUAGAUGCUUCGGUCGCGCAGCACGACUCAAUAUGUUCGACAGAUUCUGCACGUGAAACACAUGCAGUGUCAGAUAAGUGUGAUAAUAGUUCAUUGCAGUACGUGGCGCCAGAUGGUGGAUGGGGUUGGGUUGUUUGCGCGGCAUGUUUUAUGUCGCACGUGCUCACUGAUGGUAUACAAUAUUCGUUCGGGGUAGUUUUUGUAGAACUUCUGGAUUAUUUCAAGGGUAGUAAGGGAGAAACAGCCAUUAUUGGAUCUAUAUCAGCUGGCAUCUGUUACCUAUCAGGUCCAAUAAUUGCCAUAUUUACAAACAAGUUUGGUUGUCGUAUUAUUACAGCUGUUGGUACUGUGAUAUUCUCAGGCAGUCUGGUGUUGAGUAUUUUUGCUCCAAAUAUUCUAUUUCUGUACUUCAGUCUAGGAGCUAUGUUUGGUAUCGGAUAUGGUAUGAUAUACCUUCCAUCCAUUGUUUGUGUAAGUCAAUACUUUGAAAGUAAACGAGCGCUGGCAACAGGAAUUGGGGUUAGUGGAGCCGGAAUUGGAACGUUUAUAUUCAGUCCUCUAACGAGUAUUCUGAUAAAAGCAUACGCAUGGCAGGGUGCCUUAUUAAUCCAGGCGGGACUGGCGUUAAACUGUUUUGCAUGUGCAAUAGUGUUCCGUCCUGUGACAACUGCUUCUGUUAAAGACACAAGCGAUAGUGAAACUGAUAAUGCUGACGAACAUCUCAAAGUUAACAGAAUCAAUGAACAUAGUCCGUACAAAUAUGACUACGAAAAAUAUAGGGUGGACGAGGUAUCAAUCCCGACAGACCAUACGAUAUGCUCAGAGUCAGUAAAUGAAGAAAGUUUAAAUGACAGUGUUCCUACAGUACCAUCUAGAUAUGUAUCUGCACCGCUUCUUAACGAUACAAUACAUCCUGAUCAUGAAGAGUCAGUAAAGAAGAAAACAUUUGGCGAUAUAUUGCGUAAUAUAUUAACUCAUUUUGAUGUUGAAAUAUUUCGCAAUGUAGCAUACUGCAUGUUUUUGGUAUCAACGUUUCUAUAUAGUCUAGGAUACUAUAUUCCGUAUAUAUACCUUCCAGACACAGCUAAAGAAGCCGGUAUAGGUGAUAUCAAGGCAUCAUUUUUGGUGUCCUCAGUUGGUAUAACAAACACAUUUGGAAGAAUUUUGUUUGGAUUCCUGUCAGACCGGAAAUGUGUGAACAGACUGGUAUUAUAUGCCACUGCCCUGGUUAUAUGUGGGGCAGCAACAUGUGUGGGACCUUUUUUAACCUCAUUCCCUUUAUUGCUUGUUUAUACCAUCUUAUUUGGAACAUUCAGUGGUGUAACAAUAUCUCUGACAUCAGUUCUACUGACAGAUAUUGUUGGCAUUGACAAAUUAGCACAUGGUUUAGGAGGAUCAAACUUUUUCGGGGGAAUCGGCUCUUUUGCAGGACCACCGAUUGCAGGUUGGUUAUAUGAUGUAUCCGGAAACUACCUCAUGUCCUAUAUAGCGGCUGGUAUCGCCAUAUUUCUCAGCGGUGCCAUGCUGUACUUCGUGCCUUGCAUAGAAAAUAAGAUAAAAUCAAAAAAGUCACGAGUAUAACGUGCAUACGUUUUUAUCUUUGCAGUUCCUUUACAAAUAUGCAGGUUAAACAAUAAAACAUUUUAAGAUUAUGCUUUGCAGCUUGAAUAGUUCAGUUGUUUCUACUCAAACUAUUUUGGACUACUCAUUGUAAUCGCAUGCUGUACUUAUGCUUUUUAUCCUCUUCUAUUAUGGUAUGCAAAUUUUAAGCGACGUUCCAGGAUUUUUCUAUCAGAGGAGUCUCAAAGCUUCGACAGGGGGUAUUGUAUAUACCAGAGGGGUUGCGGCAUCUAAGUAGUUUUCAAGAAUGGGCCACGAAUCGAAUUUUCGCGUGAUUUACCUUAGGUUUUGUUUGAUUUUCACUAAGAAACGUAUUUGAUAAAAGAAUCUCAGAACACUUUUAUUAGCGUCGUCCCUUACAGGGCUCCCUAUAAAAAUAUUAGAUACGUUGUAUACUUUAUACGAUUUCAAAGGUAUUAUCAGUUUCAAAGCUAGUUACAGAAUAACGUUUCGAGUUUCUCAUAGCACAAUUUUUACAAUUUAUUUGCUAGAAUUUUUAUUGUACAUGUAUUAGUUAUUUACAUGAAGGCUCUAUCAACCCACUGGUAUGACUAUAUAUAUUUCCCUUAUAAAUUUCAAUAAAAGUUAAACAGACUUCUUUCAAGAAAUGAUAGAUUUUACUGGUCUCCAAGUUCACUAUAAUUUACCAACCCAAUGAUAAAAUGUAGAAUUUUUGUAGAUUGAUUUAUUUUUCAUAUUGAUGUAGAAGUAUGAGUAUAAUCACAACAUAAUAUGUAUAACUAUGGUAAUGCCAAGUUUAUGUGUAUAAUGAACAUGGCUAUCUUCUCAUCGUCCUGUCUGAAAUAUAACAAUAUACAUGAACAUUUUAUAUUCAUUACUAUAUUU